UAACUUACAACACCCACUGUUCAAAUGGGUUGAAUUUGUUACUUGGAAUCGCUGCAGCCGGCAGUUGCGAUUGUUUGCAUUAUGUUUUGAAACUUAUGUACCGAGUGCUUCGUCCAACGAAAGGAUGAAUAGUUUCUACAAAACACGACCCGGUGCUAGCCCCGGUUGGUGGCUAUGCUGCUUGUUGCCGGCCUGCUAUGCAGCAACUAUUUGGCGCCCUUAUCAGCAGGAUCAUCAACAACACUUGCCACGAGAUUACAAACGCACGGUACUCAUGACCUUUGGACUGUUGCUGCAGUCACUGGUCAUCCGUGGCAGUUUGGAAUCCCGCUGGAACCGUGGACAAGCCUUUCUGCUUACGCUUCUGGUUGCUGCUUUCAGUUGGGUUCUGUUUACAGUGUGCCUAAAGGAAAAUGUUGUAUUCGCUAGCGUUAGUGGAUUGGUUCCGAUCGUUCUGUACGAUAAGCUUUAUUUUACUAUACUUAAAUCGAUACCUAAGAGCUUCAGCUAUGGGGAAGGCUUCAUAGUAGCGCAAGGUACUGUUACGUUUGUCUACUGCACAUUCCUACAGUUGCCCCUCGUAAUAUUUCGACCGGAUGCACCGUACACUGAAUUGCAAAUGAUAUAUGCUAUUCUACAGAUCGGUUUACUGGGAAUACUGUUGCUCGUAUGGGCGACAUACUCCUUCACAUGGCUUCGGAAAACAAUUCCAUUUUGGAUCGCACUCGGCAUCACAAGCAUUCUGGUGGCCUUAUGUCCCAUCGGCAAACAGCCUGCAGUUACUCGCUUAGCACUGUUCUUCGUGAACGACAUACAAACGAUAGUGGCGACCGGAAUGUAUCUGCAGCUUUUGCUGCUUACCGUGUCAUUCAUCAUGUGGCAGUUUAAUUAUGGACGCCGCACGACAACAGCAACAAGAAAAGUGUUCCACCUCCUAGUCGUACUGGUGUACGGUCCGGGACUGUGGUAUCAGUGCCGGUUGCUGUACCUAGCUAGCGGUCUUAUGCUUGCCGUAUUGAUUGUACUAGAGAUGGCUCGCCUGAUACAGCUAGCUCCUGUAGCGAACGUUCUCAGCGUUGCGGUAAAUUUGUUCAUCGACGAAAAGGAUGCGGGUGCCGUGGCCCUUACACCAAUAUACCUUCUGGUGGGUUGCUCUUUACCGCUUUGGUUGCACCCCGUGCCGUGUGAUUUAACCAACUCGAGCGGUCUGCAGAUGCUCACCCUUUCGGCCGGUGUACUUUCGAUCGGCAUAGGUGACACAGCCGCCAGUGUGGUUGGAUACCAUUUCGGACGACACAAAUGGCACGCUUCCACGAAUAAAUCCGUCGAAGGUACGGUUGCGUCAGUGUUGCUGCAAGCACUGGCCAUCGGUGUACUAUACCACAUCGGUGUGAUACAUCUGACGGUAAGCAGGGCAGCUUAUGCUGGUGUUGCAGUAAUAGUGAAUGCCCUCGUCGAAUCGCGAACGGAUCAGAUCGACAAUUUGGUGCUUCCGCUAAUUACCUACCUGAUACUUGUUAGUUCCUCCUGAUCAUGCCUUAGCCGCAAGUAAAUUAUUCUUUCCAUUUUCGUUAAGCCAUAAAAGUGAACAUCACACGCUCGUUCGUGCUACGUUUCAAUCUUGUAAUAGAAUUGUAUUUGUGUCCCAUAAAAUGUAAUAUUGAAAA